CAAGCACUCCAUGAAUUAGUACACAUAUACACACUACACAAUUUAUUAGUAAGCUAAAAAAAAUAAUAAAUAUGGACUGCAAAGCUGCUGGACUUCUUCAAACUCCCAGUGAAUCGGAAGUGACCCACUGCACCAUCUCCGCUCUGGACAACAUGACGAUCCAGGAAGAGCAGAGUUCUUCGGCUUUUGAACUUCCGAAGGUUUUCAAUAAGCUGGAGGAGAUGAAACAAAGAGUGCUCCAUCUGAGGGGCCUCCUCAUUCGUCCAGUGCAAGUAAACGAGGCCGAAUGUCCUUCAGAAAGUGACCACAUUAAACUGGACAUUGAGCAGUCCAGCUCGGACAAUGACGAACUGCGAGGAGUGCAACAGGACACAGUUCGAGCUCUCCAGCAGAUCAUCGAAUUGAACGGCCGACUUAAGGAUUCAACUGAUUCUCUGACUGCACUGGACGUUAUUGUCCAGCGCAACAUUCGAUGCAUCAGAAAGCUGGACAAGAAGCUGCUCGAGGUGCCCAAGUGGCAGGAGGAGCUGAAGCACAAUACGGGAUUGUGCUUGGAGCGAUACAAUGACCUGGACAUCUCCAGAGGCAACUACCUCGACUACAGCGACAACUUCGUGCGACCCAUUCAAACCAACAUGAAGUUCUGCUUCGCAUCCAAGGCGCCCCUGAUGUGCAACAAGCAUGAUUACUAUGACUUCGCAAGCGCUUUGAGCAAAUCCCGGAGGACGCUAUUGAAGUGCCACGAGGAGCUGAUGAAGUACACCCAGAGCUUGGACGAAGCGCUGACAUUGAAGAACUUCAACAACCUGGUACUUCCAUCCAUGUCGGAGCUAUCGUUGCUGCUGGACAAGAGCACCCAACUUACCAAGCGCCGGAGCUCAAGUGCCAAGGAGCGAAGAUCCUUCAAGUUCGCCUUGGCUGCUCCUCUGCCAAAGCAGGAAAAAUACUCGCGCUCCGUCGAAAGUUUCGAUUGAGAUAAUUGAAAACGCAGUGAACCACAAAAACGCCAAUAUUGUAAUUUAAUGUGCCAUCUAGUUUCGCAUUUUACGGGUGCAAAUGUGAGCAUAAUGAGUAUGCACACGGACAUGCGGCAUGAAGCACACUAUGAUCGAGCUAAUUGUGCAAAAAUGUUUUUGCAAAUAUUUUGUUAACAAAUUUUGCGGCAUUUUAAGCCGCAGAAAUGCAAUUAGCCGUGAAUGUAAUUAACCGACAAAAUGUGAUUGUGCAGUGGCCACUCCAACUGAAAUGCUGCAAAAAAUGGCAAAACCACCAAAUGGAUGUGCACUAAAUUUGAA